UGUAUUAAUGAUCUUCUCUCCUUUCUUUCUUUCUCUCUUUCUUUCUCCCUAGGUGCCUUAUACUCCAGAAAAUUCACCAUUGAUGGAGAACAGAUUUCCUUACAAGUCCAGGAUACCCCAUUUGUUUCUCUGGAGGACGAGAAUGACACCAUCUGUUGCCAGGAGCAGAUAAAUCGGUCCAUUUAUUGGGCAGACGGCUUCGUGUUUGUCUACUCCAUCACGGACUAUGACAGUUACCGUGUCAUCCGCCCGUUACACCAGCACAUCCGGAAGAUUCACCCCAAUGCCAACAUCCCGUUGCUGCUGAUGGCCAACAAGGGAGACCUGCUGCGAGCCAGGCAGGUGUCCACGAAGGAAGGCCACCAACUAGCUAACGAGCUGAGUUGCCCUUACUCGGAGGUCUCUGCCCGAGAGAACUGUGAAGGGGUUCAUGAGGCUUUUAAGCAGCUGUGCCAAGAGCUGAGUAGGAUCAUUGGGAAUUGCAAUGGGGAGAAACGAAGGGGCCUCCAUCUUGUCCGGCCCAAAUCACCCAACAUGCAAGAACUGAAAAGGAGGCUCAAACAAGCCUUGUCUUCAAAAGGCAAAGCCACCACGAUGCUCUGAUGAGCUUCAGAGUAACUGUGUUGGCUGGGCUGUGGCAGGCAGAGAAUAGAUAUGUAUGCCUUUUUAUGGUAGGUCCAUAAAACGUUUAAGUCUUAACUAUCUUUGGGGUGAAAGAAUCCCUUUCCAGAAAUGAGACUAUGAUGGCUGGUAAAGUUAAGCCCUUUCAUUAGACGAUCACCAAGAGCGUCCAAAGCAAAGUCUUAGAGGUGCCUUUAUUCUCAGUAUUAAUUUCAGCUUCUUCACUUGCAUGAGACAGACAGGUUGAUAUCUGCACCUGUUCAAUCAAACUUUGCUUCAGCCAUAACCUUGGUUCUCCCCCAUAUUUCAGGCAAGCAGCCUACUUUCUUCCCUAACGUUUAGGUCCCAAAUGUAUGCUUAUUCAUUUAUGCGGUUGCCCCUGGCCUUUAAAGAAAAAAUACACACACAUAUAAAUGUCUUAAACACUGCUAUGAAAUGGGCAGGAGAGAUGGUUGUUGAUCUCUCCAUCUGGCUACCAGCUCCUGUGAGAGGUGAGCCUUCUCCCUUCCAGUUCCACCACACCAACCACCAGCACAACUUUUUUAGAGUAGAAGAGGAAAAUCCUAUUCUUUUCUUUUCCUUAUUUCUCAAUGGGUUAUUUCAGAGGAAUAAUCCAUAGUUUAUCUGUGGCCAUCCAAAUGCUUGAAAUGAAUGAUUGCUUUAUCAUUACAGUUGACCUCAUAAAUGUUAUAAAUGAUCUGGAACUUUGUAAUUCAUACAUGGAAUGGAUGAAUCCAAUGUGGAGUUAAUCCGGCUUGAGCCCAUGGAAACUAUUGGAACUAAUGUAUGCUUUUCUGAACUGGAUUGUGGGCAUGAAGUGGGCCCUUAGUCCUAAUUUCAGGAUUGCUUACCAAUAGCCACUACUGUGUGGUAGCUUGGAUAUCUGAAAUAGCUACAAUUGAGCCAUUAUUGUAAGCAGGUUUCUCCAACCUGGUGUCCUUGGACUAAAGCAAUAUAUUCUUUA